GGCAGAGUGAGAGAGAGAGAGAGAGAGAGAGGAGAGAGAGAUGAGCUCAACGGGGGGCACGGCUGCGAAGGGCGGGAGGGGGAAGCCGAAGGCCUCCAAGACCAUCUCCCGCUCGCAGAAGGCCGGUCUCCAGUUCCCCGUCGGGCGCAUCGCCCGCUACCUCAAGGACGGCAAGUACGCCGACCGCGUGGGCGCCGGCGCCCCCGUCUACCUGUCCGCCGUCCUAGAGUACCUCGCCGCGGAGGUUCUGGAGCUGGCGGGGAACGCGGCGAGGGACAACAAGAAGAAUCGGAUCGUGCCGAGGCACAUACAGCUUGCGAUCAGGAACGAUGAAGAGCUGAGCAAACUCUUGGGGACCGUCACGAUUGCUAACGGCGGCGUUUUGCCCAAUAUUCAUCAGACGCUGCUGCCCAAGAAGCAGGGGAAAGGGCAGGGAGAGCUUGGAUCUGCUUCACAGGAGUUCUAGGCUCUUGGUGGUUUUGCGAGUCUGCUGAUGCUUGGUUCAUUUGGACUGUGUGCGGAAGGUGAUGGAUGAAAGGGUAAUGGUUUUGAAUCGUGUUAAUAGUUUUGGUUUCGAUCAUAAAAAAGUCGCCUUUUCUUUUGCUUGAUCCUUGAAAACUAGUAAUGCUUAUGUUUCCGGUAUGUCUCUGAUGAUAAAAGUUGUGAUUUUGGGGGUAAAUGGCUAAUGUGGACUUCAUGAUUAUAAGAAAAAUGACCAAAGAAAUUUGCUGCUUGCAGAUGCUUUUAAAGAGACACUGGUUUCAAAAUGAAAUAUUUGAAGGACUAUUUCAUUUUCCGCUAUCUUUCGUGUCAGUCAGGGAAAUUAAAAUUUGAUUAGGUGAUGUUUUUGUGCGAUUGGAAGUUGUAUAGUUCCUCUCCCCUUGAUAUAAUUGAAGAUGAAGAAAAUUAUGCUCCAUUGAGCGAUAUAGUGCUGAUAGUUUGUAGCAUUGUUCAAGUUGGUAUUGCAUUCUUUGUUUGGUACAUAUGAUUGAGUGUAUUUUGUGUGUGCGUGUGCAUGAGCGUGUGUGUUUGUCCAUCCACUCGUAUGAGCAUGUUGUACCUGCAUCUUUCUUAAGUAACCCAAUAUGUUGUAGUAACCUACUGUUGUCAGUUGUCCAUUGGCUGGCUUCCAGUCUGGUUUACAAGUGCAUCUGGUGAGCUCUCUUUCCCUCAGACAUUUUAGCUUUAUUCUUAUGUUUGACAUUUCACUUUCCUAGACUGCCUGCCAGUUGUUGCAUACGAAUAUGUAGAUUUGUAUUUGUUAUAGGUUCUGAGGAGAAAUGUAUGGCAUGCGAUAUAUUUUUUUCUGAAUUAGGCCUUUUGAAUGGAAAAAAAUUAUUGUAAUGGCACUGUGUUUCAAUAUCUAAAGAACAAUUAGUGGCGUCAUGAUGCUUUGCUAGGAUGAUCAAAUUAAUAAUGGUCAUCAGUAUCAGGUUCUUAGUUGAAAGUUGUUUUGUUACUCAGGAGCUGGAUGAUGUUCGAGGUAGAAAGACCAAUUAGUUUUCUAUUUAGAAAUUUCACAUUCUCUUUCUCAAUAUUGAUGCAUUUGAGGAAGAAGAAAAUUAUGUUUGUUUGAUUAUAAUAGUGCAUGAUGGUUAAUAGCAACAGAAUAAAUUACUUUGAUUGGAAUGUUGGAUAAAAUACAACCUUUCACAAACUACUUACUGCUCUUCAGUGUUUUGUUCAAGCUUAAAUAUUUGAUAUUCUUUGGCUGGCUGAACAGUUUCUAAAAAGAUGGUUUCCACCAAUAGUCCAAUAAAUACCUGCAACUUUGCUGAGGAGAUUGCUUCUGGUUGAUGUGGGGCGCACUGAUACAUCUAUAAAGUGAAGUUUACUUUUAUUUCAUUAUCUCUUUUUCUUCUUGGUCAUAUCAUUUCCUGUCGGACUUGUCCACACAUUUUGGUGAUAUAGGCAUGGUUUGAAAUGUAUUGUACCUGAGAAGUAUUGGCACACACCACUAUUACUUGUUUCAGGGAUGCAGAGAUGUGAUUAGGCCAAUCUCUGAAUGUGCCAAACGAGACGAAGGUGUGCCAACGAUACAAAGUGCGAUUGUGCUGUGCCAGAUAAGUAUCGACACACAUCAAUCUACUCUACAAAUGCCUGUUUAUUUUUAAGAUCAAGUGUUGAUACCAGCUCCUUGAAUAUUAUGGCAAACUAUUUUGCAUGGUCUUCAUAUA